UCGCGCGGCCAUUUUGUGACGUCACUAUUAGGGCGUGGCUUAACACUGGUAGGCAAAAACAAUGGCGGACACAAAGAUUACUACGAGGAAGAUACCUGAAAGCGAAGGCGAUAUCGCAUAUUAUAUCGAGGAUCAGCCACGCGAGGCAAGGCAGCGAUAUGAAACGAAGUUGACCUACGACAAGGGGCAGAAGUCUUUACCUAAUCCGUACAGAUUAUCCUCGGGAUGGGUAAACGACAUAUCUACCUGGCCAGACCUAACUUACGGCGAUAUUUAUAACUACCUGAUCGACAGCCCAGGUGUAUACACCAAGGAAUCUAUGAAAGCCUACAAAUCGUUGGACGCAUACAGGUAUGUGCAGAGUGGACAUGUCCAGGAAGUGUACUACCAUCCUUUGGAUGAUAGGAACCUCUUCUGUUUCCUCAAGGCAAAGGUUGUUCCAUCGCAGAGAGUGAAUGAUAAGCCUCACCAACCAUGGAUAUGUGUCAACAAAGACAGUGGCAAUAUCUAUUGUGCACAUUGCACAUGCAUGGCAGGACUCGGAGAGGCCUGUAGCCAUAUUGCCGCACUCAUGUUUAAAAUACAGAUUGCCGUUCACAUGGGUUUGACAACCAAAUCAUCAACUAGUGACAUCUGUAAAUGGAACAGCACAUUUCGAAAGGAGAUUGAGCCCAAGACAGUGUCCGAAAUGCAGGGUAUCCUAAAGGAUGGAAAUCGAACACAUCCUGUAGCAACUGUUCAUGCAACAAGCAGGGACCCUUUACCCUCAGAUGACAUCAUCAAAGCCCUCAAAGAUGUGUGUCCAGGUGCCGUAUUUUUCACCACAAUUCCACCUGUUGGUCCCCAAGAGACAGUCGAGAAGCCGAAAAAAACAGAAAAGGCUCCAGCCACAAUCACAUCUCUGUUCUGUACAGACAACAUCCCCAGUGAUACAGAUGGACUGAAGGACAAGUGCCAAGAGGUAUGGACAAGUUAUAUUGUAACACAUGACCCAGCUUCCUUUAUUGAACAAUCAACAAGGAACCAGAAUGUGUGUAGCCGGUGGUUUGAACAUAGGAAGGGCAGGAUUACAGCCAGUAAAGCCCAUGAUGUGUUUGUGAGGAGAGACAGCACUAAGCCAGACAAUUUAGUACGGAGAAUUGUUGGAUAUCAGUCCUACGAUCUUUCGAAGACAAAAUCUGUUUCGUGGGGAUUGGACAAUGAGGACACAGCUAGGGAGCAGUACAGGAAAGCCAUGACAUCUGUCCAUUCGAACUUUGUUGUCAGAAAGUCUGGUCUCCUGAUCGAUUCCAAUAGGCCGUAUCUUUGA